AUGGCGGCAACGGCGGCGUUUGCGUCAGGGGCAUUCGCGGCGAUGACAUUGCUGAUGAUUCCGGUGGCGGCGGCGUCGGCGGCGGCAGCGGCGGUGAACGCGAUGGUGGCGGAGGAGAAGGUAGUGGAAGCGGAGGCGGUGGUGACGGCAGCGAGGGCAGCGAGGGCGGAGGUGAAGGCGGUGGCGGCAGAGGCGGCGGAGGCAGCGGCGAAGGCGGCGUCGGAGGUGGCGUCGGAGAGGGUAGCAGCGGCGGCAGCAGCGAAGGCGGCAUCGGCCAAGGCGGCAGAGGCAGCGUUGGCGGAGGCGUCGUCGGCAAAGGUGGCGGAGGCGGCGAAGGCAAAGGCGGCAGAGGCAGCGGCGGCAAAGAAGGCGGCAGAGGCAGCGGCGUUCCCCGUUGUCUUCCGGCGCGUUGAGUCCCCGUUCCUCCCUGAUCCUUCAACCUUCUUCUCACCGAGCCUCCUCUCUGCCCCUUUCCCGACCAACUCCUUCUUCCAAAACUUCGCUCUCAACAAUGGCGACCAGGCCGAGUACAUCCACCCCUACCUCAUCAAGCCCUCCCUGUCCUCUGUCUCCGUCUCGUUCCCUUCUCGCAUCGCCACUUCCACCUCUUUGUACCAAGUCUUCAAUGCUCACCUCACCAUCUCUGCCAUCUCAAGCGACAACACUGCGCACAACUCAUCUCCGGAGGCUCUGCGGUACGUUAUCUCCUCGUACAGCGACCUUGGCGUCACGCUAGACUUCGCGGCUUCAAACUUGAAGUUCGUCCUCGUUAGGGGGAGCCCUUACUUGACCUGCUUGGUCAACCGCGGGACCGAUUUUGCAAUCUUCACGAUUCACGCAAUCCUCUCGCUAUCUUCGAACAAAAGUCACACCAAGCAUACUUUGAAGCUCAAGAACAAUCAAACUUGGCUUGUUUACACUUCCUCGCCGAUCAGUUUCGGUCACAAUCUCAAUGCAAUUACUUCCGAAAGGUUUUCAGGGGUUAUUAGGAUUGCUUAUUUGCCCGACAGUGGAUCAUUUAACGAGGAGGUUUUGGAUAAGUUUAGUUCUUCGUAUGCUCUAUCUGGUGAUGCAGUGUUGACUAGGCCAUUUUGUUUGGAGUACAAAUGGGAGAAGAGAGGAUGGGGGGAUCUGCUCAUGCUCGCGCACCCGCUACACGUUCGACUUUUGUCUCGGGAGGAUUGCCAUGUCAAUGUGUUGGAGGAUUUUAAGUAUAGGAGUAUCGAUGGUGAUCUUGUUGGUGUGGUUGGAGAUUCCUGGGUGUUGAGAUCUAAUCCUGUCUCUGUUACUUGGCAUUCAAUCAGAGGCAUCAAGGAUGAAUCACACAAUGAAAUCAUUCAAGCCCUUCGUAGGGAUGUGGCGUCCCUUAAUCCAGCUACAAUAACGGCAAAAUCAUCUUAUUUUUAUGGGAAAUUUAUUGCCAGAGCGGAGUUGGCUUUGAUUGCUGAGGAGGUGUGUUAUCUUGAAGUUAUCCCGACCAUCAGGAAAUAUUUGAAGAGCACCAUAGAGCCAUGGUUGGAUGGGACUUUUAGUGGUAAUGGAUUCUUGUAUGAUGCGAAAUGGGGUGGGAUUAUCACCAAGCUUGGAUCGACCAAUCCUGGUGAAGAUCUUGGUUUCGGGUUGUACAAUGCUCAUCACUAUCAUUUAGGGUACUUCCUUUACGCAAUUGCUGUUCUUGCCAAGAUUGAUCCGGCAUGGGGAAGGAAGUACAGGCCUCAAGCUUAUUCACUGAUGGUGGAUUUCAUGAACUUGGGGAGAAGAUCCAAUUCCAAGUAUCCACGUCUGAGGUGCUUCGACCUGUACAAAUUGCACUCUUGGGCCGGUGGAUUGACUGAAUUUUCAAAUGGGCGGAAUCAGGAGAGCACAAGCGAGGCUGUGAAUGCUUACUAUUCAGCUGCUUUAAUGGGAUUAGCCUAUGGAGACACCCAUCUUGUUGCUGUCGGGUCCACACUCACUGCAAUGGAAAUACAAGCAGCUCAAACAUGGUGGCAUGUUAGAGAAGGCGAUAAUUUAUAUGAGGAAGACUUCACUAGGGAGAACAGGGUGGUGGGUGUUCUGUGGGCUAACAAAAGGGACAGUGGUCUUUGGUUUGUCGGUGCGGAGCGGAGAGAUUGUAGGCUUGGAAUUCAGGUUUUGCCUUUGUCGCCUAUCACUGAGGUUUUAUUCUCAAAUGUCCAGUUUGCGAAACAAUUGGUGGAUUGGACAUACUCGGCACUGAACAGGGAGGGAAUUGAAGGAUGGAGAGGAUUUGUGUGUGCCUUGGAAGGGAUUUUUGACCAAGGUAGUGCGUUGGAAAAAGUGAGGAGCUUGAGCGGUUUUGAUGAUGGGAACUCUAUGUCAAAUCUUCUGUGGUGGAUUCAUAGUAGAGGUGAUGAUGAAGAGACGGGGUGCAAGGAUGGAGGAAAGUAUUGUUGGUUUGGUCACUAUUGUCACUGAAAUCAUUAUUUCAGGGAUGGAUUCGAUUGCUUU